CAGGGAUUGGCACGUUCCUGAUGAUCCGGGAUUAUAAAAGCAGGUGAUGUGACGGGAUCGACAGUCAACCAGCCGUGACGAUGAAGGCUCUUCUACUUUUGGGAUUGGUAGCAUUGGCUCUCUGUGAGCCGACCCGCUACAUUGGGGAUAAAGUUUUCCGUCUGUGGCCUGUGAGCGAUACGCACGUAUCGUUCAUCAAGGACCUGGCCAGCAAUAUGAAGGUGGACUUUUGGAGCCCUGACAGUGCUGACCUGAUCACAGAGUUCACCGAAGUCGAUGUCCACAUCCCUGCUUCUCACGCUGACAUGUUUUCCGUCAUGCUGCAACAGAGCGGCAUGGACAACCAAGUGCUGAUUGAGGACAUGCAUACGGCUAUGAGACAGCAGUUUGACAACCACCAGCAGACCAAAGCCCACAACUACAUGAAGUACAACAGCUGGACAGAUAUCGAGGCCUGGGUCAGCUCCAUCACCUCGGGCAACCCUGCUCUUAUCAGCCGGUCGACGAUUGGGAAAACGUACGAGGGCCGCAACAUGCAUCUGCUCAAGAUUGGAAAGAACACUGGCUCCACAAAACCUGCCAUCUUCCUGGAUUGUGGAAUCCACGCCCGCGAGUGGAUCAGCCCCGCUUUCUGUCAGUGGUUCAUCCAGGAGGCCGUGACCACUUACGGGACUGACGCUCAGAUGACCAGCCUGCUGAAUGAGAUGGAUGUCUUUGUGCUGCCUGUCUUUAACGUGGAUGGAUAUGAGCACACCUGGAAGAGUGACAGGAUGUGGAGGAAGACACGUUCUCGCAAGAGUGGAUCCAACUGCAUCGGUGCCGAUCCGAACAGGAACUUUGACGCUGGCUGGUGCACUCUUGGAGCCUCCAAUAAUCCCUGCAGUGAUACUUACUGUGGAUCUUCGGUUGAGUCGGAGAUCGAGGUGCAGAACGUAGCAAACUUCAUCCGCAAGAACAAGUCCAUCAUCAAGGCUUACCUCACCAUCCACUCGUACUCUCAGCUCCUCCUGUUCCCCUACUCCUAUAAAUAUGACCAGGCCAAAGACCAUGCUGAGCUGAUGAGUGUGGCAGUGUCUGCAUCAGAGGCUCUGCGCAGUCUGUACGGUACUCGCUACACCAGUGGCCCUGGAGCAACCACCAUCUACCCUGCUGCUGGUGGUUCUGAUGAUUGGGCCUAUGAUCUGGGUGUGAAAUACUCGUUCACAUUCGAGCUCCGUGACACUGGACGUUACGGCUUCCUGCUGCCUGAGUCUCAGAUCAAACCCACGUGUGAGGAGACCAUGCUGGCCGUCAAGUACAUCGCUGCUUAUGUGCAGAAAAACGUGUAAUGAGAGAGAAACUUGAAAAGAAAAAGCGCAUGCAUGAAAAGAAUUGAAAAAAGUUAUUAAAAAAGAUUUUAGCUAAAA